AUGCCGCCCGCCAUCCGCCUCCCUCCCCCGCUCCUGUUCCCCUCGACCUCGUCCCGCCCUCUCCGCCUCGCCGCUCAAGUCCCGUUCGACCCAGCAGGCGGGCCCAACCCGCCCUACGUCCUCCACAGCGUCGCCACCCCGCAGGGCUACCUCUUUGCCGGCUCGGACGACACGCUGCGCGCGUUCGGCCGCGGCCUCGAACCGCUCGGCAAGGUGCCGCUCACCCAGCGCGGCAUCACGAGCGUCACGAGGGGCCAGUGCAACAACGAUUCGACAGCCUUCUUUGUCACGGCCAAGGACGGGUCGGUCAGCGGGUGGGACACGAGGGACCUGUCGCGCGAGGCGUUCAAGCUCCAGGGCAAGAGGAGGGCAGGGUACCUGUGCGCGUCGCAGAGCAGCGAUGGCUCGUGCCUCGCCGUCGGGACCGAGGUGUCGGACUACGAGGCCAUGAUUGACAUCUGGGACCUGCGCACCCUCACCCUCCAGCACACCUACACCGAGGCCCACUCGGACGACCUCACCUCGCUCUCGUUCCACCCCGCUCCAUCCCUCGCCCACGUCCUCCUGUCGGGCUCGGUCGACGGCCUCGUCAACACGUACGACGUCCGGAUAGCGGACGAGGACGACGCCGUCCUGACGACGGCCCAGUUUGGCGCGAGCAUCGCGCACGCAGGCUGGAUGGCCUUGAGCGGGUCGGCGGGCGCGAGGGACGCCAAGGCCGAGCACAAGGGCAUCUACGGCGCGACGACGAUCGAGACGAUGCAGUUCUGGGACGCCGAGCAGCAAGACCAAGUCGUCGACUUUGGCGACGUGCGGGACGUCGCACUGCAGCCCUGGAGGACCGACUACCUGAUCGGCGCCGAGUUCAACGCGACGCUCGGCGGCGUGUGCCUCCUCGCCGGCACGAUCGAGGGCGACGUCGCUGUCAUCGACACGGCCGACCCGCAGCACUGGUACCUCGAGCAGGUCCUGUCGGGCAAGACGAGCCAGCGCGCGCCGGGCACAAAGGGCCACCGCGACAUUGUCAGGACGGCUCAGCUCGACGCAGAGACGGCGACGGUCGUGACGGGCGGCGAGGACGGGCGCAUCUGUCUCUGGACGGCGUAGCUCUCUCCUCUGCAGCACGACGACGUUCAGGCUCUCUCUCGAGAG